UAAUUUGAUUAAUUGACUUUGAAUUUUAAUAGAUUAAAAAUAAGACUUUUUUUCUGCUUUUGUUGGCAGUAACAAAACAAGUAUACACUUAUGUAUAGUACAGCUGAUUCUUAAUGAUCUCGUUUUAAGUUUGAAAUCAUCCAGAUGACUGUGGAUAAUGAAACUAGUGAUCAACAAGUAAUUUUUGCAACAGGAGGUUAUGAUCAUACAAUAAAAAUAUGGCAACCACAUACAGGGAAUUGCGAACGUACUUUUACGGAGACAGAAUUUCAAGUGAAUGCUCUAGAUAUUACACCAGAUAAGUAUUUCAUAGGCGCAGCAGGAUAUCAACAUAUUCGUAUGUACGAUUUGGGAGCAAACGAUCCAAAUCCAAUUAUCACUUACGAAGGGGGUUCUAAAAAUAUCAGUGGAUUUGGUUUUCAGGAAGAAGGCAAAUGGAUGUAUACGGGUGGAGAGGAUUGUUCCGCACGUAUAUGGGAUCUUAGAUAUUAUAAUGGUAAAUGUCAAAGAAUAUUUCAAGUCUCUGCCCCUGUAAAUUGCGUAUGCUUACAUCCUAAUCAAGCGGAAUUAAUAGUCGGCGAUCAAAGCGGUGUUAUACAUUUAUGGGAUCUUCGUUCGGAUCAUAAUGAACAAUUGAUACCAGAAACUGAAGCUUCUAUUCAAGACGUUACAAUAAAUCAAGAUGGUACAUAUAUGGCUGCUGUAAAUAAUAAAGGUCAUUGUUACAUCUGGACGCUUACGGGGGGUGUAGGAGAGGAACCAACUAGACCUAUUCCUCGUCAUAAACUUUUGGCUCAUAAACGUUAUGCAUUACGUUGUAAAUUUAGUCCUGAUUCAACCUUGCUUGUAACUACGUCUGCUGAUCAAACUGCUAGAGUAUGGAGAACUACAGAUUUCUCAGAGGUGCAGGUAUUGCAACAUGAAGCAAAACGUUGGGUUUGGGAUGCAGCUUUCAGUGCAGAUUCACAAUAUAUAUUUACUGCUUCUUCUGAUGGCAUUGCAAGAUUGUGGAAUGUUUCAACGGGAGCGAUAGAACGCGAGUAUAAAGGUCACCAGAAAGCAGUAACCGCAUUGGUAUUUUACGAAGAAGCUGUAUCGACGGCUUAAUAGCUGAAACGAAAGAUAGUAAAUGAAGCAGCAAAAUGCAGAUACAGAAGCGGAGGAGUAUUCGAUUGUGGAAAAUUAACGAUUCGUACACCUUACGGUGCGGUAGGACACGGAGGACUUUAUCAUUCUCAAAGUCCAGAAGCUUAUUUCGC